AUGCCGACCAAACACUUUUCUUUUUGCGACUCAGGCGAGUCGUGCGAGGGCAAAUGCGGGCAAUCGCUGGGCGGCUGCUCGUGCCAGGCGACGUGCGGCCCCCUGGGGGGCUGCUGCCCGGACUACAAGCAAUUCUGCGUCGAGUUCCGCCCGCAGUCGGGAUCCAUCUUGGGCGGCACCGAUUUUCUGGUGCUGCACGCAACUUUUAACCCAAGUGACCUGAUCAAGUGCAAGUUCAACGACGACGUCACCACCACGGGCUACGUGGACCGAGAGGGACGAGGCCACUGCGUCUCGCCGCUCUUGUACCGAAGCGGCUGGGUUCCCGUGCAAAUCUCGUCCAAUCACGGCAUCACGUACAACCGCGUCGGCGCGUGGCUGGCGGUGCACACCGGCAAGCUGGACGCCAAACUGAAGGCGCAUCUGGUCAACGCCACCAGGUGGCAGUACUACGGCACGCCGAACGUGGACGGCUCUCUGGAGAUGACCUGGAACGCGACCCUGGUUCGAGCCCCGAGGGUCAACGUGGAGCUGUGGGGCUACAGGGAGUUGGGAAAGAUGUAUUCGGAGCGCUGGCGCGCCGAGUGGAAGUUUCUCUACUCCCUCGCCGAAGACGUGGCGAACAACGGCAGCUUCGUUUUUGUGCCUCAACCUUCUGCCGACUUCUCCGGCUGGGAGGUCGGAGCGGUCCGGGUCAGCUCCAGCACCAACCCGCGAGGCUUGCGACGAGUUUCGGGUGGUUCCGACACGGUCAGGGACGUGGAAGCGGUUUGGAGCGAGGACCACGCCCUGGCCUGGCACCUGGAUCACGGGUUCCGGAACGACUCUCGGGCCUGGGCCCUGGACAAAUGUUUGACGUGGGACCGGCUGGAGGGCGACCUGCCCGACUUCCUGGGCGAGAUCGUCGACUGCCCCUGCACGCUGGCGCAGGCCCGGGCCGACACGGGCAGAUUCCACACGGAUUACGGCUGCGAUAUCGAGAAGGGCAGCGUGUGCACGUACCACCCGGGCAGCGUUCACUGCGUGAGGGCCGUACAAGCCAGUCCCAAGUACGCGGCCGGCCAGCAGUGCUGCUACGACGGCGACGGCGUUCAAGUCCUGACGGCGGACUCUGUGGGGGGCAGCACCCCGGACCGGGCCCACGACUGGGGCUCGCCCCCCUACGGGAGCCCCCCCCGGGUGCCGGGCCAGUCGCACUGGCUCUACGACGUCCUCAGCUUCUACUACUGCUGCCUUUGGUCUGACAACUGUCACUACUACUUCAAGCACAGACCGUCCAGCGACUGUCGCCGAUACCGACCGCCGAGCUCAGCCGUGGUGUUCGGAGACCCGCACUUCAUAACCUUCGACGGCGUGCGCUACUCCUUCAACGGCAAAGGGGAGUACAUUUUGUUGACGUCUCCCGGGAAGCGCCUGACGAUCCAAGGCCGGACCGAGCCGGUGGACGGAAACGCGACCCAGCUGACGUCGGUGGCCAUGAAAGAGGCGUCGUCCGACGUCGUCGAGGUGCGAGCGGUCGCCGGCCGUGACGGCCUGGAGGUGCUGCGAAAUCAAAAGCGUCUUCGCUUCGACGAGCAGAGCUGGAUGGACCUCAGUGGCGUGUUUGUGUUUUCCCCUUCGCCGGCCAACGUGACGGCCAUGUUCCCCAGCGGCGCCGGCGUGGAGGUGCGUCUCCGGGACGGAAGCGUGACGGCGACGGUGCUGCUGCCGGAAGAAUUCCGCAACGCCACGCGGGGUCUGCUGGGCGACGACCUGGUGCCGGCCGACGGGGGGAACGUCCGGGACAUUUUCGACUUCGGGGCCAGCUGGGCCAUUUCCAACGAAUCCGCCUUGUUCACGUACGAUUCCAAAUACCUUUUGGACACGUAUUACCACUCUCCGAGACACGACCCCAAUUUUAUCCCAGCAUUUUCCAUCCCGGAGAACCCCGACGACCCGCUCUACGCCGUGGCUUCGGACGUUUGCACCGGGGACGGCUCGGAGUUCUGUCGGUACGACAUUUUGGUGGGUCGUAGCGCGGAUCUGGGAAAGGCCACCAAAGCCUCUUUCCGGAGUCACGCUUCUCUCGUGGAGGACUUAAAACCUGUGGUCUCCUGCGGUUGGCUGGCGCCGCCGGCCGACGGCAGGAAGGAGGGCACCGCCUACCUGGAGGGUUCCACGGUCCGACUGCUGUGCGACGACGGCUUCGCGGCGGAAGGGCCCGCCGAGCGCACCUGCCUGGCGGACGGCACGUGGUCGGGACGCGACACCGUCUGCGUCCGUCGCGCUCCGAGUAACGAAGCGGCCGUCGUCGCCGGUUCGGUGGUCGGCGUUCUGCUCGUGAUUGCGCUAAUAACGGCGGGGCUGGUGGUCUUUGCCCGAAAACGUCAAAGGUCCAGAAGACUGUCGAGAGAAUUGACUCCAACUUUUGGCAACAUUGAGUUCACAGAUGAAUAACCCCACACACAUGCUCUUCAUCCUCACAAGUACGAGUCGCCUUUUACUGCAGUACGACCUGAAGUCCGAUACGGAACGAAAGGCUCAGCGGGAACCGACCGGUGUAAAUUGAGCGGACGGGCGAUGGGGUACUGCCUCCGCCGGUGAAUAAUACAAUGUACCGGUGUAUUCUUGUCUUUAUCACCGAGUAAAGAAAUGUCUACACAACACAUCA